AUGCUUUUGAGAUUUGUGCCUGCCAUGCCUCGUAGAAUCGUGGCCGUGAACAAGCUUUGCGGGUGCAGUCAGAAGUUGGUGGACCUUCUUCGACAGGAUGGACCUUUGGUGCUGUCGAUCAUGCGGGGCCCUCCACCAAGAGGGGGUCGUGGCGGAGGCGGCAAGGGCAAGGGUCGUGGUGAGGUGCGUGUGCCAGGGGCCGCGGCCAAAAGUUCCUUUCGUCGAAGGUCUUUUGCUCAUCGCCCGUUGCGAGGCUACAGAAGUCGCAGCAGAAGUAGACGUUCAAGGGGAAGACGCAAAGAGGCCUCCCACAAACGUCGCACUUCCAGGCGCGGAAGCCGCUCCCGAGAUGACCAGAAAACCCAGGCGCAGAUGUUCGAGAAGAUCUCACGUCGCGCCAUUUGUGCAGUUUGUAUGAAGCCUUUGGGAGCCUUCGGGACACUGGACCUCCGAAAGUGUGGGCAUCGCGUGCAUGCGCAAUGCCUUGUCGGCGUCGAGCGUGACGAGGAAGGUCAUCCUAUGUGCGAAGCAUGCAAGUUCAUUGCACGAUACAACAGCCUCAAGAGCAAGAAGCAUCAUCCGCGGAAAGAGGAGAAGACGAAGAAAAAGCGGAAACGAAGGAGUUCCAGCUCCAGGCACAAAAAAGGCCGAAGGCAUGGCAGGAGCAGCUCCAGCUCCAGGAGUGAAAGCAGUGCAGGCUGGGGCUCGAGCGAAGAUUCCAAACCUCCAGGCUUGCUCACGGCGAUUCGUGGCACGUCCCGCUUUUGCUCUGCCUGCGGACAGCACAUGGGCUGGGUGGAGAAGUUGACACCGAGUGCAAUGCAAUCGGCCCCACAGCCACUUUGUGGAAUCUGUCAAGCCAAAAAGGAGAAGCAGGAGAACGAAAAGGCGAACGUCGAGAGUGAAGAUCUCAUGGAGGUGGAUGCUUGGGGCUUCCAGAUGGCUAUGGAUCAGGUAAAGGAAGCAGCCUGCCCAGAGGAUGGAGCAGCCGUUCUGGAGGCGCUCCUCAAGUCGAAGCCCUCUGAGGAGUUCUUAAAG